AUGAUAGUAUCGCUCCAGUGUGGCGUGCUUCUGCUUUGCAACCAUAGUCACGGUGUGAUAAAAUCGGCAGGUGUUACUGGAUCGAUUGAUGCCAUUCGCAACUUUGUGAUCUUUGUUCGCCGGUCUAUCAAGCAGAGGCAGCAGCUGAACGCAAUUGCGCGGCAUUAA